GGGUGAUGAUUUGUGAAUGCGAGACAGAGGAACCAGAAUCAGAUGGGGUUGGUUAAAACCUGCGAAGAAGUCACACAUUCUCGGCCUCUGUUCUUGACGAUCUACACAGUUGUCAUCGUUGGCCUCGUCGUUUCCACAUGCUACGUCUUCUCCGCUAUUUACUCUGCCAACCCUUCUUCACCUGAUUCCUCUUCCUCCACAUGGUUCUCUUUGUCUUCUCAACCUUCCUCUCCCGUUUCAGAUGAGGGUCGUGGUCCUACAGAUCAGACACUCAACUUUUCUAAGUCAGAAACUGUGCAUGAUGUGCACCCUUCAACCCCAGAAACACAAAAAGUAUUAUGGAAAAGACCUGUUUUGGAUGUUCCACCACCGCCUCACCCUAAAAAGAUGCCACCUUUGGAGGAUUUCCGACUGACCAAAGAACUGAUUCAGCAAAGAGUGAAAGAUAACAUCGUAAUAGUGACUUUUGGGAAUUAUGCAUUCAUGGACUUUAUUAUGACUUGGGUUAGACACCUGGAUGAUCUUGGAGUCUCUAAUUAUCUUGUCGGUGCAAUGGACACCAAAGUGUUGGAGGCACUGUUUUGGAAAGGGGUUCCAGUAUUUGACAUGGAUAGCCAUAUGAGCACAGUGGAUGUUGGCUGGGGUUCUCCAACAUUUCAUAAGAUGGGGAGAGAGAAAGUUAUUCUAAUAAACUCAAUACUUCCUUUUGGUUAUGAACUAUUGAUGUGUGACACUGACAUGGUUUGGUUGAAGAACCCCCUUCCAUAUCUUGCUCGUUAUCCUGAAGCAGAUGUAUUGACGUCUAGCGAUCAAGUUAUACCAACAGUUGUUGAUGAUAGUCUGGAAGUUUGGCAAGAAGUCGGUGCUGCCUACAACAUUGGAAUCUUUCAUUGGAGACCAACAAAGUCUGCAAAAACAUUGGCUUUGGAAUGGAAAGAACUGGUUCUAGCUGAUGAAAAGAUAUGGGAUCAGACUGGUUUUAAUGAUAUUGUUCACAGACAGUUAGGACCUUCUGUAGAUGAAGACAGUGGGCUUGUUUAUGCUUAUGAUGGAAAUCUAAAGCUGGGAAUUUUACCGGCUAGUAUCUUCUGUAGUGGCCACACAUAUUUUAUACAGGCUAUGUAUCAGCAACUCAGGUUGGAACCAUAUGCAGUGCACACAACAUUUCAAUUUGCAGGGACUGAAGGAAAGCGCCACCGACUGAGAGAAGCCAUGUUCUUCCGUGAUCCACCAGAAUACUAUAAUCCUCCUGGAGGAUUCUUGUCAUUUAAGCCAUCUAUUCCAAAAAGCUUGUUGUUAAGUGGGAAUCAUACUGUUGGAUCACAUUUUACUCUUGUUAAUUACCAAAUAAAACAGAUUAGGACAGCACUUGCUAUUGCUUCCAUUCUGAACAGAACACUGGUCAUGCCUCCAAUAUGGUGCAGGCUUGAUAGGCUGUGGUUCCCCCAUCCUGGCGUUUUAGAGGGGUCUAUGACUAGACAACCUUUUCUCUGUCCUUUGGAUCAUGUAUUUGAGGUGAAUGUCAUGUUGAAAGAACUCCCCGAGGAAGAGUUUGGCCCUCGAAUAGAUAUUAGAGAGUACUCAUUAUUUGAUAAUCCCUCUCUGCCGCCUGAGGUUAAAAGAUCAUGGCUUGAUGUUCAGCUCUGUAAAGAAGGCAGCCAAGAUUGCAAUGCAUCAGAUAAUACCAUUGGGGGAGUACUUAAAUUUCCAAAGCAUAGCAAUGAAGAGAUGUACCAGAAAGUGUUCCCGUCAUUCAAGGAUGUAAAAGUCAUUCAGUUCAGUUCGAUGCAAGAUGCUUUCGCAGGAUUCACCGACAAGGAAAGGGAAGAAAAAUUCCGAAAACGCGUCAAACGGUAUUUAGGCAUAUGGUGCUGUGUGUUGGAUCACACCCCCGGUCACAUUUAUUAUGACAUGUACUGGGACGAGAAACCUGGAUGGACGCCGCUCCCUCCUCAAACUUCUGCAGAUGAUCAUCCACCUUGGUGAGGUCAAAUUCAGGAUUAUGUUUGUUAAUAUACUGUAAUACACGCAAGAGUUUAAAAGAUGGUUCGGUUUCUGAUUCGUCGUCAAGACCACGGUUUCCAUACUUACAGAAGCUAAAGAAUCUAACGAAUCUUGUAUCCACUUUGAAGAUGUAAGUUACCACUGAGAUGAGACUCUGGUUCUUGUGUAACAAUUGUAAGUAAAAUUGCCUUGUACCAAGUUUUCAACAUUGCAAGAAAAAAGAAAGUGAAGCCUACAAUGUCUUAACAUGAGGUUGCAGUUUUUGCACGUUGA